AUUACCAAAAAUCAGGGACAAUAUGGCGGCUAUUUUUACGGCGCAUGUCUGAAAUGCCAUUUAAAAAUGGCCGAUUAUUUUCAAAGAUUGUAUGCAAUGAAAUUUGAAAAGCUCGAAAUAUAGUAUUUAUGCAAACUAAUACAAUUUUGCGGUCUUCUUAACUUAUUUACCUGACUUCAAUCUACUUACCAGGAUUGGUUUUUGAGGCUUUCAUGGAAGUUUUGAUCGGGCAAUAUUAUAGCUAAAUAUACCAUAAAACUCUCCGUGGAUUUUCUUCAAACUUGUAAUAGUAGUUCACCAAAUACAUGAAAUGAUGUUGCAGCACAUCGAUGAAUCGAUUACGCGGUCUUCCCAUGUUAUCGAAGGCAGCAUGAUCUCGUGAAACAGCCAUUUUUAAUGGCAAUUGAUAAUCAUUUGGAACGGGCAAAACUCUGUCGAAGUCCCUGAAUUUCAUUCUUUAAGUAUUGCUAUCUGAAUCUGAGGUACCGCGGUUUGUAGCUUGAGAAAAACCUCUGAAAUCUUCGAGUAAAUGCUACUAAACCACUUCUUUCUCCGCCAUUUUAAGCCUAUGUAACCAGGCCUAAAAGGUGCAAAAAAGAUUCGUGGGGGUAUAAGAGAGGCAAGAGAAAGUAUAAUAAAUUCGCCAUGUAGGACGAAGUUAUCAAGGCCAGUGUACUCAUUGCAUUCAUGAUCCUUCAAAACAAUAUCUAAUAUUUAGAUUCUCGAAUAUUUUUGUACAUUAUAUUGCUUUUUACUUAAUCAAAUAAAUAAUGGGAUUCCUGUGGUUAAUAAAAUUCCAACACUGAGCUAGCAGAGCUAACUAAGAGCAACAAAAUAUGUCUGAGAUUUUAUCCGAAUACUCUAAACAAGCAAUAGAUUGGAAAUUAAAAUUUGAUUCAGAGAUUAAUCCAAGGAGUUCAUUUGCUUAUUUAACUGGAGAAUCUGCAAAGCUAUUUGAAGUUGCUUUCACUGUUAAGGUUCCAUUUCCUUUGUUCAAAAUAUGGAAUAAUUUUUCAAAAAAAAGUACCUCAGAUGGAAGCUGUUAUAGUCUAACAGACCUGCUCAAUGCCACAGUACCUGGACACUGUUGGGCUAUUGCAAAGGGAUCAAGUGGACGGUUGGAAGAAAAUCUAAGAAGGGAAACUGGAAAAGUUCUCUCCCUCUAUAAGAAGUGCAAAGGUGGAAGGAACAGAAGGGAACUGGAUAAAAGAUAUGCAGAAUUCAGUAUCCUUUCAAAAGAGCUUGAAUCUAUCUCAAAGCUCAGAGAUGAAUAUGAAGAUGUGAAUCUGGAACUUCAAGAAUGGAAAAAUAAAUGCACUGAUUUGGAGUUGCAGAAAAAAACACUUUUGGAAGAGCUUAAGCAAGUUCAACAAACAAAUUGUGAAGAAAUUGAAGUUUUAGAAGCACUAAAUGAAGAACUCAAAGCUUAUGCACUGGCAUUAGAGGAAGGGGAUGAAAAAUUGUGUUGUUCUUCAAAAAAGAUUUCUGAGGUUGGUACAAAACAAAAAUCAAGAAAACUUAAACAGCUAAAAGAGAGAGCUCAAUGUGCUCUCUGGUUCUCAAAGACAUUUGGUCUGGACAUUGCAUCUAUUGCUUUUAAAGAUCAGAGUGAUGAUGGCAAAAUAUAUACUUUGAACUAUGAUGAACAGGAAAAAAAUAGUGAUGAAACUCAAAGACUUACAGAGGAAGAGAACCAUAGGCUUGAACAAGUAUUGUUUCUACUAGACAAAUUUUGUGUAAGUGAUGAAUGCUAUCAUGAACUCAGUUUCCUAACAAAUGAUAUCCCUCGAUCUUACCUCAUUAAACAAAAGAGGGACAAGCUCAAUUCUCUCUGCCACAUUGAGAGGGUGCCUGGCCCUGACCCUGGUGCUCAACGUUCCUUUUCCUUACUGCUAAAGGAGGUCAUAUCAAAGUAUUUGGAUUCACACCCAUCUUUUGAUUUCACUAAAAAUCCACUAAAAGUUAAAAUAAGUGGUGAUGGGGCAAAGAUGUCAAGAACAACCAAUUUUAUGAUUCUCUCUUUCUCAUUGCUGCAGUCUGGUGAAUACAAUGCAUCAAAAGGAAACCAUACGAUUGGAAUUGUGAAUGGACCCGAACAAUAUGAAACACUGAAAGUUUCAUACAACAGUCUAAUUAAGGAUAUUAAUGAGCAUGUGAAAGCUAAAAAAGUCACUUUGGGAGACAAAGAAAUUCCUUUAGAGUUUUUUCUUGGGGGUGAUUUGAAAUUUUUGCUGCUUUCAAUGGGUCUCAGUGGUGCCACUUCUGAUUAUGCUUGUUUGUGGUGUAUAGUUCACAAGUCUCAGAGGUGGAAUAUGAAACAUGAAUCAACAUACUACAACUCAGACACAAUGAAAAGAACAAUCAAAUCACUUAAGGAGUGGUGUACAAAAAAGAAAGAGAAUUAUUGUUGUAUCAACCCACCUUUAUUUGAGAUUGAACUAGAUCAUGUCAUUCUGGAUGAACUGCAUAUGAUGUUAAGGAUAACAGACAGGCUGACAGAAAAUUUGAUUAUUGAAGUAAUGGAAAAAGACAGCAAAGAAGAUAUGCACAAACCAAGAGGAGAAUGUAAAGGCAUAGGCCUUGAUAAGCUAAUUAAAGCAAUUAAUGACAUUGGCAUAACAUUUAAUGUGUGGGAAAAACUGAAUGCAGAUGGAAAAUCAAGUAAGCAGAAAGACUGGACAAGUUUAGUUGGCUCUGACAAAAAAAAGCUGAUGAAAUUUCUUCCUGAAAAGCUGAAAUCCAUGAAUAUACUCUUUGAUGAAACCAAGUCUGAGGUCAUAAAGCUUUGGGAAGACUUCCAUUCAUUAUACCUGCUGAUAUGCUGUGCAAAUGCUGAUGAAACUACACCAGAUUCUAUUCACCAAAAGGCCAAAGCAUGGAUAGAAUUAUUUUCCAAGCUUGGUGCGAAACGUGUUGGUUAUGGUAAUGCCAGGGUGACCCCAUACAUGCAUGCAGUUCCAUACCACAUACCCCAGUUUAUCUUAAGUCAUGGGCCAAUCAUACAGUUUUCAGGGCAAGGUGUGGAAAAAAACAACGAUGAUGCUAAGCGCAUAUACUACCAAAAGUCCAAUAAAUGGGAUGCAGCUAAGGACAUUCUGCUUUUGGAGUCUAGGCAAAAAUCUCUAGAGCACCACGAAAGAGAGAAGAGAAAAUAUGUGAAGCGAAAUGAGGAAUGGUGGAAUAGCAAAAUUUUAGACUCAAGGAAAAGAAGAAGGAACACAGAAUCAAAUUAUACUGCAACUACGAGUAACACUCUGGAUGAAUAAACAAACAAAUUGUGCUGAUCACAAGCUUUCCUAUUUAAAGUUAUAACUAUUUUUUCUACAGGAGAUGUUGGGCUCUUUUCUAAUUUCCCACAUGACACUAUGUAGUAAGCUUUUGUGUAUGAAAGGACAGUUUUGAUUUUGAUGGGGAAAUCCACUGUAAUUCCUUGUCCAUGUUCAUCCAGGCAGUAAUACCAAUACACUGGAAGGCCAAAUCUUUUGAAAUCAGAUUUCUCAUAAAACAUAGACUUCUUGUCAGCAGCUAAUUUACCACAGCCCUUAAAUAUGUAUCUUACUAUGUCAUGAUCAAUACGGAUUUCGGUGCUAUGUACAGCUUUUACUGCCUUGGAUUUCAAGAUGCUUGUAAUCCCCUCCAAAAACAAAGCUGAUGCAUUUUCUAGUCUUUCAGGUGUUAUUACAGGGAAUAGGUAAGAUCUGAAAGUUCAAAAUACAUCAAAAGAUCAGAAGCUAUGACUUCCGGAAUUUUUUAUUAAUAAUAUUUUUUAAAAAAAAUCAUUAUUGAGGAGUUAUUUCAGAAUAUUCACCUAAUCAAAGCUUCUGUUAAAUGAUUCGCUGGCUCCCAAGUACUAGUCCAAAUCGGCCAAUUUUUCCACUUCACUAGGUACUCUUUAUCCCCCUGUAUCGAAACAAAAUACAAAAAUACAGCAAUCAAUGGAAAUUCGGUGUACAAUUCCUUUUGAAAUCAAACCAAAAAUGUGAGUUUCCAAUUUAUAUUUUAACAAAAUUGGGAUUCUACUCAAAUAAAAAGGUUUGCUCGAGCAAACUAUCACU